AUGAUGGGUGGCCUUCCAAAAGACGCACAGCUGUUUUCUGACUCCUUGGCUGAAAGGAAGAAAGCAGUCGUGAUUUUGGUUUCUUUUCCCUCUUCAGUCUCUGAGCUAUUGAUGAUGGCCCUUAGUAAUUCCAGCUGGAGGCUACUCCAGCCUUCUUUUUUCCUGAUUGGCAUCCCAGGUUUGGAAGAAAGCCAGCACUGGAUAGCAUUGCCACUGUGUGUCCUUUACCUCCUCGCUCUAGUGGGCAAUGUCACUAUUAUCUUCAUCAUCUGGACUGACCCAUCCUUGCACCAGCCUAUGUACCUCUUCCUGGCCAUGCUAUCUGGCAUCGAUCUGGUCCUGGCUUCCUCCACUGCACCCAAAACUCUUGCAGUGCUCCUGGCUCAUGCCCAUGAGAUUGGGUACACUGUCUGUCUGAUCCAGAUGUUCUUCAUCCAUGCGUUCUCUUCCAUGGAGUCAGGUGUACUUGUGGCCAUGGCUCUGGAUCGCUAUGUAGCCAUAUGUCACCCUCUGCACCAUUCCACCAUCCUGCAUCCAGGGCUCAUAGGGCACAUUGGCAUGGCAGUGCUGGUGAGGGGAUUCCUCCUCCUCCUCCCUUUCCCUAUCCUGUUGCGGAGACUUGUCUUCUGCCAGACCACUGUCAUAGGCCACGCCUAUUGCGAACAUAUGGCUGUGGUAAAACUUGCCUGCUCAGAAACCACAGUGAACCGAGCAUAUGGAUUGGCAGUGGCACUGCUUGUGGUUGGGCUAGAUGUCCUGGUCAUUGGUAUUUCCUAUGCCCUCAUCCUCCAGGCAGUGCUGAAGGUACCGGGGGCUCAGGCCCGACUUAAGGCGUUUAGCACUUGUGGGUCUCAUAUUUGUGUCAUCCUGGUCUUCUACAUUCCUGGAAUGUUCUCCUUCCUCACUCAUCGCUUUGGCCACCAUGUACCCCAUCAUGUCCAUGUUCUUCUGGCCACACUCUACCUUCUUGUGCCACCUGCACUCAAUCCUCUUGUCUAUGGGGUGAAGACUCAGCAGAUCCGCCAGCGAGUACUCAGGUGGAGCACAGCCAGUGGCCUACAUGAUUGUAAAGCCUACCCUGUGGCCUUACCAAAUUUGGGGCACAACCCACAGGCCGGACCAAUUACAGAGUCCAUCCGGUGCCAUCGUUCUGCCGGGGAACACAGCCUUCAUCCUCACCUGACAAGAGGUGAUUGCAGAGCCCAGCUUGUGGGCUCACCCAACAGUGGAGCACAGCCAGCAGCUCCACCUGACAAGUGA